AAACAUGGAGAUUCCGGUUGGCUAAAUUCCGUCCCUGUUGAUAUUUUGGAUAUUCUGCGACAUAUCCUCUGAUAUGUUUUUGGCCUGAACGGGAGCAGAGCGGCGAUAAUCACAUGGAAAACACAAAGUCGCUAUAUUCGGCCGGCCCGUGAUUGGGUUCGGCCAUCCGUUAUAAGUAAGUACCCCACCGAACAUCUCUCUCGUACCACUCUCUCCCCAUCCCCUUUCAUCUCCCUACUUUUAUACAAUGGCCCAGGUCAUCGUCGUCGGUGGUGGUCUCGCUGGUCUUUCGGCCGCACACACUCUCCUCGAAAGGGGCGCAAAUGUUCUCCUGCUUGACAAGCAACCCUUUAUGGGUGGUAACUCGACAAAGGCUACCUCCGGUAUUAACGGUGCCGGAACACAGUCUCAGCAGGCCCUUGGCAUUCCAGACAAUUCAAAGAUUUUCUUCGAUGACACCAAGCAAUCAUAUGUUAUACAUUAGGCACGAGAGCUUGCCCGAGAUGAUUUGAUUCGUGUGCUCACGGGCCGCUCAGGCGACGCCGUCAACUGGCUUCAGGACAAGUUCGGUCUAGACCUUUCCAAAGUCUCUCGUCUCGGUGGACAUACGCAGCCUCGUACACACCGAGGGAGUGCCCAAUUCCCCGGAAUGGUCAUGACUUACGCUCAGAUGGAGCGUCUGGAGGAUCUUGCGGUCAGCAACCCCGAGCGUGUCAAGAUCAAGAAGAAGGCGCGCGUGGUCAAGCUGCUCAAGGACGAGCAGGGUGCCGUUAUUGGUGUCGAGUACACCGUUGGUGGCAAGUCGGAAAUUGCUUAUGGUCCCGUCAUCCUCGCUACUGGUGGUUAUGCUGCGGACUUCACUGAGAACUCCCUUCUUAAGAAAUACAGGCCAGAGUACUACAACCUCCCUACGACAAACGGCGAUCACUGUACCGGUGAUGGACAGAAACUAGCUCUCGAAAUUGGCGCCAGCGCGAUUGAUCUUGAGAAAGUCCAGGUUCACCCCACCGGUUUGGUAGACCCCAAGGAACCAGAUGCGAAGGUCAAGUUCUUGGCUGCUGAGGCACUCCGAGGUGUUGGUGGUUUGUUGUUGGACAAUGAGGGCAAGCGAUUCGUCGAUGAGUUGCAGCACCGUGAUUACGUCACUGGUAAGAUGUGGGAGAACGGCAAGUUCCCCAUCCGGCUCGUUCUCAACGGACAAGCAUCCAAGGAGAUUGAGUGGCAUUGCAAGCACUACGUCGGCCGUGGACUCAUGAAGCGUUUCGCGAACGGCUACGAUCUCGCCAAGGAAAUAGGCAUUUCGCCUGAACAGCUCAAGAAGACCUUCGAUGACUAUAACGUUGUCAUCCGAAAUAAGAAGGAUCCCUUCGGCAAGAAGUUCUUCCAAACAGAAGAGUGGAGUAUGGACGACUACUUCAACGUCGCCAUCAUGACUCCCGUCCUGCACUAUACCAUGGGUGGACUCGAGAUUGACGCCGAGUCCCGUGUCGUUGGCAAGGACGGCAAGCCCAUCCCUGGUCUCUUCGCCGCAGGUGAAGUCGCCGGUGGUGUCCACGGUGCCAACCGUCUCGGUGGUAGUUCACUGCUUGGAUGUGUGGUGUUUGGACGUGUCAGUGGUGACUCAGCCGCGGGCUAUCUCUUGCAGAGAUUAGGCCCUUUGGCAGAGAAGGCUGCAGGACGUCUGGGCGCCGUUGCGGGUCACCUCGGUGGUGAUGCAAGUGCGACCAAGUCUUCGGAGGAGAAGAAAGCCGAGGAAGCACCAUCAGGCGGCAACGCAUUCAGCGUAGAGGAAGUCGCCAAGCACAACAAGAAGGAUGACUGCUGGGUUAUCGUUGACGGCCAGGUUCUCGAUGUGACGAACUUCCUGCCUGACCACCCAGGAGGAGAGAAAGCCAUCCUUCUGUAUGCCGGACGGGAUGCGACGGAGGAAUUCAACAUGCUUCACGAUCCCAAGGUCAUUCCACGAUACGCACCCGACGCGAUAAUCGGAAGCCUUAAGAAGUAAAUGACCUUGUGUUUAGGACAUUGUGCUUGCAUUGCUUCCAUCCCCCAUCGUAGCUAUCAUACCUAUACCGGUGGCAUAGCGAAAACGCCUCGGGUUUAUAGCCCUGUCCUCGAUCAUAUCAUCGUAUAUGUUGUAUCGAUCAUUCUCCACUGCUGUUUCCGCUCUUGUUUGUGUUCGAUCAUGGGCUUCUUGUUGUAUAAUUUACUCCUAUUUCACGCAAUUCUAAACUC